UACCAAUAUGACUAGCCGCCGCUCAUAGUUUUUAUUGUAUUCAAUUAUUUAGAGGCUCAUUCUAAAAAACUAGGAGAUGAAACUAGAAGAACUACAGGAUAGUUUGUACGACAAUGGGCAACUCAAUGUUUUGUUUUCUUAAAAGGUUUAUAGAACAUAACUUAUCCGAUUUCUGCUCUCCUUUUCUAUAGAAUUACACUUUAAUUUAAUUUAUUAAGUAACUCAUCGAAGCGUUAGUAGGUUUACAGUAAAGGUCCUGGACUCAACACUGAGGGGUUAUGUAUUCAACCCAUGGUUUGAAUUUUGUGGUUCCCUAUUAACACAGAUUUCCGAAUAAUUAAAGGAGAACGAGAUUAAAAUGAGGUCUUGAUUUUUCUGUAAUCAGCUAGUUAACUCGUUUAUCGUAACAUUAAUUUAUAUUCUAAACAAGUACCUAGUUUCUAUGUAUCUUCCCACUAAAGGUCAGAUCUUUGGGUCCGCAGAAACUCGUCCGCUUGGAAUGUUGCAUUAAUGUAUGGCUAGAAAGUAAUAAAACAGAUUGAACUGUAUACGAUAUUAAUGGCAUUUAUAAUGUAUAACCUCAUUAUCUUAUUACAACUAAAUUAAGGAAUAAAACGUAAUAUCAAUUAAGAACGAAACAUCUGUCAAAGUGACAUAAAUCAAAAUGUCUAUAAUACAUUAACGAUGACAGACAAUAGAUUUUACAAGAACGCCGCGAAUUACUGGGCUAAUGUACCGGCAACAAUAGACGGAGUACUCGGCGGCUACGGUCAUAUUUCGGCCGUUGACAUCGAUGGAUCGAAACUCUUUCUAAACAACAUACUAUCGUCAGACAAUCCGCCGAGUACUAACUUGGCCUUGGACUGUGGUGCGGGUAUCGGAAGAGUGAGCAAAAACCUUCUAAUGCCUUAUUUCCAGAAGGUAGAUUUAGUGGAACAAGACGAAAAGUUCAUUAACACAGCAAAAAACUAUAUCGGUGCUAACAAUGCUAAAUUAGGUUCACUGUACCAUGUUGGGCUACAGGACUUUGUGCCGCUAAAGGAGUAUGAUGUCAUUUGGUGCCAGUGGGUACUUGGAUAUUUAAAUGAUUACGAUUUAAUCGCCUUUUUAAAGAGAUGCAGUGAAGCGUUAGCGGUAAACGGGGUUAUUGUGAUAAAAGAGAACACAACUUCAUCAGAUAAUUUAGAAUAUGACGAAGAUGACUCAUCUGUGACACGUCCUAUUAAAUUAAUGGAACAGGUCUUCGAUAAAGCAAACCUUCGUGUAAUGAAAAGUAUAAAACAAAACAAUUUACCUGAUGAAAUUUAUCCAGUCCACAUGUUCGCUCUUGCGCUAAAUUAUUAAGCGCUUAAAUACACAUAUAAUUCAGAAGCAAAUAAAAUGAUGAAACUAUAACCUUAAACAUUGCAAUAGUUUUCUUGGAUUACUUUGUGUUAAAUACAACAUCUAGUUAUCUAACUAUAGGAAUACUUUAUUGUGAAAUAUUUUGUUUACUUGAAAAUAAAAUAAUAUCUAAAAUUAGGAACGAUUAUUUUGUUUAAAAUAUUUAAUUUAUAAACUUAAAUUAAAUUACAACAGAUAUAUUUUAUCUGUUUAUCAUUUAUUCUGUACAAAGCUAACGUGAAUCAAUCUUGUGAUUAAGUCCAACUUAACGGUUCCAGGAACGUCCUCUACCUCACAUACUGAACGCAGCUUAUCUAUGAUGGAGUGCCUCGUGGGUAGAGUUCGUGAUUGUGCUGUUAAUGUUGGAUCUGGAACGUGCCAGAAGUUGUGAUAUUCGCCAGAGCAUUCGCCGUUUUAGUUACGAAAUUCUUGCAAAAGGCGCGGCAGUCUUAGCUUGCUUUGUGGAAUUAGAUUUACGUUUUUGUUUACCGUUUGUACAUGUUUCUUGGGAACAGGGCUUGUAGCCAAGUUACGAGUAAACAUUAGCUCUUUUUCUACAAACGCUGACGCUCCUAAAACUAAAAAAGGCUUGUAGCCAAGUUACACAUCAAUUCUCUUUCUACAAACACUAACGCUUCUAAAUCUAAAAUAUGUAUGUCUACUCGAUAGGCCACGUAAUCAACAAAUCAAUAGGAUAAUAUAAUGCAAUACGAGUAAUUCCCAUUCGGUUAAUCGUUUUAGAGAUUAUCCGCAACAAAAAUUUUAUAAACAUUUUUUUGAGUAAUGUUUUUUAUACUUUAAUAUAUAUGUAUUUUAAAGUUAAAAACUUAAACGCAUUAGGGUGCUUUUCUACCAGAGACGUGCUAUGCAGCUGUGCUGCGAGGAUAUGAAGCCAAUACCACAGAAAACAUAUGUACGUAAGCUAUGUAGCUGCGCGAAGAAGAUGCAUACGAGUAGCUCGAGCUACGACUACCUACUCGAUGUAUCGAUAGCAGUGAAACAUCCAUAGCACUCAUCCAUAGCAAGCACCCAUAGCACGCAUCCUUCCAUAUAAAAACAUAUCUUUGUUGAAUCCGUUUCCACCAGUGUUAAACUAUGUGCAGUUGUGCACCAAUGAAUAUGAUUGGUAGAUAUCAAACGCAUAGCAACAUCGCGUAGCACAUCUCUAUUGGAAAAGCACCCUUAGUCACCUGUGUUAAAUUACGCAUACAAAGCGUAGGUCUGGAACAUCCCAGCACAAGCGCAUAUCAACGCCUAUUUAUGUAUCUUAGUUUGAUAUCCGUUAAAUCGAUUAUUAGAACCAUAUUUACAUUACUUUUAGAAUCCAAAUUGAUAAUUAAUAAUGGGUCGAUCAGAUGGCCGAGACAAAAACAGUUAGUGAUUACUAUCUGCAUCAGUAUUAGGGCGUCAAUCCAUCUUGGGUGGUAAUUUGACGGUACAGUUACAUUUCGAAAUGCUCUUGAACCUUUCUUAGCUUCAGAAAGUACAAUACUACAAUAGUUAACUCACAAUUUGAUCGUCAUUAAAUUUAAAUAACCUCUAUUGUUAUUAUUGAGGGAAAUAAUUGUAUCAAUUGAAUUUAAGAAACGGUAAAAAUUAGAGUACUUAAUAGUUUAUAGGUUAUAUAAUGAUUUUUUUAUUUUGCUAU